AUGGAGCGAGGCUUGAAUCAAGAUACUACUCUCAAAUUUGCAGGUGAUACACGAUGGAACUCACGUUAUGCUACCUUGAUUAGUAUCAUUUGUAUGUUUCCAUCUGUACUUCAAAUGAUUGUUAAUGAUAACCCCAAUGAUAGUUAUGAUGAAGUCUUUAAGUUAUGGAGAGAAAUAAAAUCUUUUGAGUUUGUGGUUCAGUUGUUUUUUAUGAAAGCUAUAUUGGGAAUAACAAAUACUUUGUCUCAAGCAUUGCAAAAGAAAGAUCAAGACAUUAUGAAUGUAAUGGCUUUAGUUCAAACAUGCAAGGAAAACCUACAAUUGAUGAGGAAUAAUGAGUUUGAUGAAUUGGUUGAUCAAGCAUCUUCAUUUUGUAACAAACAUCAUAUUACGGUUCCUAACAUGGAUGAGGAAUAUGUAAUUCCUAGGAAGUCACGAUGUAAUGCUCCAAUCAAGACAAAGAAUUAUCAUUAUCGUGUGGAGCUCUUUCUUCAUGUUAUUGAUGGGCAACUUGUGGAAUUAAAUGAUCAUUUCAAUGAGGUAAAUAUUGAGUUCCUUACUUGGUUGGCUUGUUUGAGUCCGAACAAUUCAUUUGUAGCUUUUGAAAAACAAAAGCUAGUUCGUCUUGCUCAAUUUUAUCCUCAAGAUUUUUUGGACGGAGCUUUAUUGAUGCUUAAAGAUCAACUUGGGGUUUAUGUUCAUCAUAUGUGUUCGAGUAGUGAUUUUUCUGAAUUGAAAGGGAUUGGCAUGCUUGCGGAAAAAAUGGUGGAGAAAGGGAUGCAUGAAAAAUUUCCUUAUGUGUAUUUGCUUAUUAUAUUGGUUUUGGUUUUACCAGUUGCAACUGCUUCAAUGGAGAGGGCAUUUUCUAUCAUGAAUAUUAUCAAAAAUCCACUUCGCAACAGAAUGGGAGAUUAA